AUGUCUUUAGAGGCGGAUAAGUACGAGGUGCUGGAGAAAAUCGGCCAUGGCUCUUUUGGAGUCAUCCGAAAGGUCCGCAGGAAGCAAGAUGGCCUCGUCAUGUGCCGGAAAGAGAUCAGCUACCUGAAGAUGUCGCAAAAGGAGCGCGAGCAGCUCCACGCCGAAUUCCAGAUCCUCUCGACCCUCCGCCACCAAAACAUCGUCGGCUACUACCAUCGCGAGCACCUCAAAUCGACCCAAGACCUCCACCUCUACAUGGAGUACUGCGGCAAUGGCGACCUCGGUCGCGUCAUCAGGGAUUUGGCCGUCAAGGGACAGCGCGCGCAAGAGUCAUUCGUCUGGAGCAUCUUUUCGCAGCUGGUUACUGCGCUCUACAGGUGCCACUAUGGCAUCGACCCUCCCGAGGUCGGCAGCAAUGUUCUGGGCCUCUUCAGCACGGCGCUGAAGCCCAAGACGCCACCCGGCACCAUGACGAUUCUGCAUCGCGACUUGAAGCCCGAGAAUGUCUUCCUCGGAGAGGACAACUCGGUCAAGCUGGGCGACUUUGGCCUGUCCAAGAUGAUCCAGUCCCACGACUUCGCCUCCACCUACGUCGGCACGCCCUUCUACAUGUCGCCCGAGAUUUGCGCCGCCGAGAAGUACACCCUCAAGUCCGACAUCUGGUCGCUGGGAUGUAUCAUCUACGAGCUUUGUGCGAGAGAGCCCCCGUUCAACGCCAAGUCGCACUUCCAGUUAGUGCAGAAGAUCAAGGAGGGCAAGGUGUCGCCUCUGCCCAGCUGCUAUUCGAGCGAGCUCAUGGGCUGCAUCAAGGACUGCCUGAGAGUCAACCCCGACCACCGCCCCGACACCGCACAGCUUCUCAACCUCCCCGUCGUCCGUUUGAUGAGAAAGGAGAGAGAAGUCGUCGAGCUCAACAAGGCGAUCAAGACCAAGGAGGACUCGUUCGCCCGCCGCGAGAAGGAGAUGGAGGAAAAGAUUGCUGCUUUUGAGGCGGACAAGGCCUCCGUCAAGCAAGAAGUCGACGCGUCCCUGCGCAGAGAAUGGGAGGUCAAGGCGCGUCUGGAGAUUGACCGACAGAUUAACCAAGAGAUCGAGGCUCUGCGCAAGAGAUUCGAAAGCGAGGUGCAGGCUCGCGUCGAGGCAGAACUGCAGAAGAAGGCCGCGGAGACGGCACAGGCCCAGGACCUCGAGAGCUCGCAAACAAAGUCCGACUACCCGAGAUCGUCUGUCGGCAAUGCCAGCGGCGACGAGGAGUUUUCUUCCUCGACAGACAUUACCGACAUCUCGACGGAGAGCCCUGUGGCGAGCAACGAGUUGAAGAAGGUUACUCGCACCCCCUUCGGUCGCGCGCAGACCAUGUUCGUUGGUGGGAUGGGAACCCCCAUGGACAUCGAGAUGGGAUCCCCCUCUCCGAUGGCCAUCGCCUCUCUGUCGCUUUCCCCCCGACGAACUGCGGCCACCAAGGUGCCGAACGCUAACACCGGCAACCUCUUCUCAUCGAACGCUACGUCUGGCGACCCCAUGUGGGAUCUGCCUCGCGAUAUCCUUAACAUCGAUUCCGAUGACGAGGACAUUGUUCCCUCCCCGACCCGCAACAUCAAGUCGCGACAGAACCCCUUCACCUCCAAGAACCGCCCGGUUCUUACUUCUCAGAAGUCUGUUCCCAUCACCCGCGUCAAGCCCCAGACUUCUUCGAGCGCCUUGAACCAGAACAAGACGCUGCCCGCGCUGCCGAACAUGGCCUCGAACCCCGACCUCGGCCGUGGUCUGCGCGAGCGCUGCCCGUCUCCCAACCGCCGUCUGAGUAAGAUUCCGUCGGCGGCGAACCUGUCGUCGGUGGCCAACGGCAGCGAGUCCCCCAGUGGCCUUUCCCGCAAGAACUCGACCAAGAAGGAUCAGGAGCCCCUUGGCAAGGUUGCGGCGAAGAACAACAUCAAGGGCAGGACGCUGGUCGAGCUCCAGCAGGCGCGCGCCGGCGGCCGCCCCCUCUCUGCUGUCCUGUCCGGCGGCGAGAACAUCAGCCCUAAGAGGGCCUUCAAGGAUCGCAUCGCGGACCGUCGAUCCAGCGGCGGCGAGCCGGCCGCGGUGUGGGAUCCCGAGCGGGACGAGAUGCCCAGUCCGUUCCUGGUGCGACGCAAGCCCAUGGCCAGAGUCUAA